AUGGCAGUUGGAGCCUUCGUCAGUCUGACAUUACCAUACCUUUGGUAUGGACAAUUUCAUUCGUUCCUUGGAUUAGAGGUGACGUCUUCCGUCGCUUUCCUCGCUCUCUUUGGUUUUCGUUACUGGCGCAUGGUUGUUCAUUUGGCGAGCUACCUUCUGUACAAACCGGCACCUAUACCUGAGAACCCCAAGUACACUAACAAGGAUACUACAGUCAUUCUUCCUACGGUUGAACCCCAUGGAGAUGUCUUCCGUCGAUGCUGCGAAUCGGUGUGUUUGCAGAAUCCGGCGGCAUUCUUCAUUGUGGUCGGCCACAAGCCUAUGCUCGACAUUGCAGAAGAGGUUGUUGCGCCGCUCCGUAUGCGCUAUCCUGAUAUUGACAUCCAAGUUCACGCAUCAUUGGCAGGCAAGCGAGUCCAAAUUGCUCACGUUUUGCCUCGUAUCAAGACAGAAAUAACGUUCUUUGUCGACGAUCACGUUUUUUGGGGUCGAUCGUUCUUACCAUGCGUCCUGGCUGCGUUCGAGGACCCUCACAUCAAUCUUGUUGGCACUAACAAGGCGGUCAUCGUUGAGCGACGCACGACCUGGGCAGCGGCUUUUUGGAACUUCCUCGGCGCAACUUACCUGCAACGGCACAAUAUAGAAAUCGCAGCCACGACCCAUAUUGAUGGAGGCAUCUUUGCUGUGUCUGGUCGUACCUGUGCCAUACGGAGUGAGGUCCUCGCUGGCGAGGAAUUCAGAGCCCAGUACCUUAACGAGAUGUUCGGGUUCCUUAAUUGGACGUGGGGACCUCUUGGCGCCGAUGACGAUAACUUCAUCACGCGUUGGAUGGUUGAGCAUGGUCUGGGGAUUCGGAUCCAAUUCCACCCUGAUGCUCUCAUAGAGACGCCCCUAGGUACAUAUCCGAAAUUCUUGGCGACUUGUGUCCGAUGGGCUAGGACUACGUUUCGCUCCAACCCUCGAUCACUCCUUAUGAAGCAAACUUGGAUUCAUCAGCCAUGGUCUGUCUACGGGGUCUAUAUUGCUGGCCUCACAAACUUCGCAUUACUGUUCGACCCGCUGCUUGUCUAUGUCUUUUCGCAAACACCCGCUUACGAACUCAACUGGAGUGUCUGGUACCUCAUGGGAUGGAUUAUCAUGACAAAGUUCUUGAAGUUGAUCCCGUACUUCCUUCAGAAUCCUAGAGAUCUUAUUCUUUUCCCGGGAUACGUUCUUUUCGCCUAUUUUCAUUCCUUAAUCAAGCUCUUCGCGCUGGUUACUUUCUGGGAUGUUGCUUGGUCUGGGCGAAAUAUUGAACAGGUAAGCAAUGUAGGCGAUGGCACCGAUGGCGAGAAUGUGUCUUAA